GAAUGUCAAUACAUACAAAUACAAAGUGGAAACAGAAAUUUGAGAAAAGUUUUAAUUUUUGCAAUUCAAAUUAAAUUAAUUAUUGCAUUUGUAAAAUAAAGAAAAAUAUAUACGAUAUCAUUAAAGUAAUUAAAAAACAACAGAACCUACAAUAAUUAUCAAGGAACAAUUUGGGAUUACAGGGUGUCGUGGGGGUCAUGGAUCAUAUUAAAAAUAAACGCUAAACCCGUUCAAUAGGUGCAUAGAUGAUGAUAGUGUUUAAUUUUUGGGCAGCUUUGCAGUGGUAUUUAAGGCCAUUUAUAAAGUGGUUCUUGCGAAAAACUACAAGGUUAUGUGAACUGCAAAGAAUAUGUUACGGCGAAAAACCAGGGGCUGCAAGGGCGUGUGGCGUGGAAAGGUCGCUAAUGUUAUCCCGAACGAAAGAUGUAAAAGAAGUUGUUUCAUAUUUAGAUACAAUGGUAUCAGAAAAAAGGUUUUUACCACGAAACUUUCGCGAUAUCCUAGAUCCAUCAAUAUCUAUUAUAAUUCGAACAAAACAAGUAAAUCCCAAACUGCAUGGAUCUUUCAUUGUUUCACUUAGAAGAUGUAUGGAACAAAUUUGGUUAUACAGGAGUUUAAUGGAUGAAGUUGAAGAAAUUCGUUGCAUCCAGUUUGAUAGCAAUAAUCUUGAACAUGAAGAGAAACUUUUAAAGCUAUGGACACUUCUUGCUCCAAAUGAACCAUUGGAAAGCCGAGUUUCUAAACAAUGGCAGGAUAUUGGUUUUCAGGGUGAUGAUCCAAAGACUGAUUUCCGUGGAAUGGGUUUGCUUGGACUUGAGAAUCUGUUGUUUUUUGCAACUGAAUAUCCACAAGCAUCAAGCCAUGUUCUUAGUCAUUCACAUCAUCCCAAAUAUGGUUACACUUUUGCUAUUGUUGGCAUCAAUCUUACUUCGAUGGCAUAUUACCUGCUAAAAGAUGGAUCUGCAAAAACAUACAUGUUCAACGCAAAGCAACACCUACCUAAUAUGAAUUUAUUCCAUAAAUUUUACUGUUACCUUUUCUAUGAAUUUGAUAAAAUGUGGAUUGAAUCUAAACCACAGAAUAUCAUGGAGUUCUCUAUCAUAUUCAAGAAAUUUGAAAAUGCUGUGAGAACCGAGCUUGCUGACCCAGCAUCAGUGUUUAGAAUAAAUAUUGAAAUAGACACAAUAUAAAAUAUUGAAGAUGAAUACACAAUGACCUCUCCUGUUCCUGUGAAAGCAAACAUUAGGCAGAUAAUUUAUUAGGCAUUUGUGGCUCAUUCCUGCAUUAUAAUAAAUAUUCCUUUUAUCUAACACCACUUAGCAACUUGGGUGCACCUUCCUUAGUUAAUGUUGUUUGCACUAUUGACAUAUUUAUAUCAAUACACAUAAUUCACAAAACUAGUCUAGGAAUGUAUGGUUGAGAGUUAUAGACCACAUGGAAAAGUAUACCUUUUUCUGUUAAUAUACAAACAUUGGUGAAGAAUUUUGUUAAUUAAAUACAUAUUUAAUGUGUUAUAGUUCUAAGUGGGGGUCAAUAUAUGAUGUAUGUUUUUGAAAUACCAGACUAUGCUAGGUCAAAUCAUACACAUAAUAAGACACAAAAAUCUGGUCUGAGACAAAUUCAG